UACGCCCACUCCUUUUCAGUGAGCACUGUGAGCACAUAUUGGCACGACGGAAAAUUGAACUACGCGGUCCGAAUUUAGUUGGGAAAGUUCACAUUUGUUGCAUUGAUUUGAACGCUGUGUUCGUCAAAAGGAUAUUUGGAAGCCACACAUGUUCACUGUUGGUGAAUAGCGGAUAGCUGGUGCUGUUCCUAGGGCAGGGUUCUGUGCGGAUUCUUCACGAGAAGCCCUCGUACGGAACAAUGAUGGUCGUGACGAAGAAAGAAUGGAAAAAUCUAGCCCGAAAGCUACGAUUUUCAUCGCGUAGACGGCACUAUCUGAUUUUGGUGGCCGCCGUCUUGCUGAUGGUGAUAUUGGUCUACUACCUCUUAACCUCGUCUUACUAUUGCUUUGAUACCGGAAUCGAGUGGAAAGUAUCCAAAUUCUGCAAACGCUAUCACAAUCUGGGUGCAUCCGGGCUCUUAUGUCUCGACUUUUGCAAGCGCAAUGUUUUCUGGAACUUCCGAUGUCCAGAGCCGAAGCUUGAGAUUCAUCAUCCCAAUCGUUUCCAAACGCAGAAACUGGAGCAACCUUUUUCAGUACUCCAAGCGGUACCCAACGAGAACUACGAAAAGCUGUUCUGGGUCGACAGCCACUAUCACGAGGAACACUACCCGACGGAAGCCGAGUACGAGAAUAUAGUCAAACGAUACAUUCAGAACAAGUACAACAUGGACAUUCCGUUCGACAAGAUGCGGUCCCUGCUGCGAUUAACGCAUAAAGAGCAGAGGCAAAUGUUUCACACAAGCCUGCGGGACAGCUGGAACUUGAUUCAGAACCACGAGUACAUCAUGAUGAGUUUGUUCGAUGAGAAAGAUCUUUUCCCGUAUGUCACCGGAAAUUGUGGUGAAAUGUUUGCGGUGGAGCAUCUCACAGCGGUUGAUUUUGAUGGCGGUCGCAGCAAUUACAUGAAGCAUAUCGAUGUCAACCGCUGGCGGUACCAUAUAAAGGUGGCUGUACUGAUCGUGGACUACAUAACCGAGUUGGAACUGUACGGAGUUCAGAUGUGCCACGUGGAUCUGAGUCGAUUCGGGAUUAACAACAAUCGUUUGAAGUACGACGAUUUGAGGUUUAUUUUUACGGAGUACACCAUUAACAGGAAGCUUUCGAGUGGAACCCCCUGUACACGGCACGAGCACUGCAGUUUUAUGCAGUGCAAGUCGGAGUGCAAUUUGGAGAAAAAUCGUUGUGAAUCGACGGUAUUGAACAAUAAUGUUCAAAUUAUUUGCGAGAAGAUCUUUCUCGGGACCAAACAAUCGCCAGGCAUUUUGGUGACGCAAAAGACGUCGGAUCGCCUAGAGAUGUUGGUGCAGCGCUGUGCCAACCCAAAGCGGGACACAGACAUCGCUCCGGAUCGUCCUCUUGGCACAUCAGAAGAACUGAAGAAAAUACUUUAUAACGAGCUCACUGAUACAUACGAGAAACUUUCGACGAUACGUGCUCCCUAGAAAGGUUCAAGCAUACCUCGACUGGUUCACUUUUUGAACUGUUUGUGUAUUUUUCGAUUUAGAUGUACAUAUUGGCUUCGACUGGAGGUUUCAAACAUUAUUAUUAGCAUUGGUAGUGUUACUAUUGUGAGAAACCAAAAUGAGGACAACCACAACCAUCACAAUCCUUUGAAACAAUCAUCCUCAGCAGGAGACAGAUAGAGAAGUUCUACAAUUAUUCUUGUAUUUGAAGUAUUGUUUGAUAUUCGUAGGAUAUUUCUCAUAUCAUCUGGAACGACCAAUAAUGAACUAUAGGAACAACUAAUAAAAAUGUUCUCCCGUAGAGAGUGAAUUGAAUAAAUUUGGUUCAACAAUGUAGUAAAC